AUGGAGCCCCGGGCGGUUGCAAAUGCAGUGGAGACGGGGGAAGAGAACGCGAUGAUGGAGGCCCUGCGGAAGUACAACCGGGAGAAUUCGCAGAGCUUCACGUUUGAGGAUGCUCAACGGGAGGACCGAAAGAGACUGGCCGGGCUGCUGGCGUCCGCCCUGGAGCAGGGCCUGCCGCCGGCCCGCCGCGCCACCUGGCUACAGAGUCUCCGCAUCCUGUCCCGGGAUCGCAGCUGCCUGGAUCGGUUCACCAGCCGCCCGAGCCUGCAGGCCCUAGCCUGCUAUGCGGACAUCGCCGCCUCCGAGGCGCCCGACCCCGAGCCCCCAGAUAUGGACAUUGUUCUCGAGUCCCUCAAGUGUCUGUGCAACCUCGUGCUCAGCAGCCCCGCUGCGCAGGUGCUGGCUGCCGACGCCCGCCUGGUAGUGAGGCUGGCAGAGCGCGUGGGUCACUCUGGCCAGCGGAGCGUCCCGCACGAAGUCCAGUUCUUUGACCUGCGACUCCUGUUCCUGCUGACUGCACUGCGCACCGACGUGCGCCAUCAGCUGUUCGGCGAGCUGCAGGGGGUGCGCUUGCUUACCCAAGCGCUGGAGCUGACGCUGGGGGUGGCCCUUGAGGAGGGUCCCCCGGCACUCCUUCCUGCCCAAGAGACAGAGCGAGCCAUGGAGAUCCUCAAAGUGCUCUUCAACAUCACCUUUGACUCGGUCAAGAGGGAGGUGGAUAAGGAAGAUGCUGUCCUUUACCGGCACCUUGGCACCCUGCUGCGGCACUGUGUGACCAUCUCAGCUGUGGGAGACAGAACCGAGGAGUUCCAUGGCCACGCGGUGAACCUCCUGGGAAAUUUGCCGCCCGAGUGUCUGGACGUCCUCACUCCAGAGCCACACACAGGCUCCCUAGAAUUCAUGGGAGCAAACAUGGAUGUGAUCCGUGCUCUCCUUGGCUUCCUGGAGAGGCGUUUAGACCAGACGCACCGGCUGAAGGAGAGCGUGGCCCCCGUGCUGAGCGUGCUGACUGAAUGUGCCCGUGCACACCGCCCGGCCAGGAAGUUCCUGAAGGCCCAGGGGAGGGCUGCUCCCCAGGUGCUGCCUCCACUGCGGGACGUGAGCAGCCGCCCCGAGGUAGGGGCACUGCUGCGUAACAGGCUGGUGCGCCUCAUGACACACCUGGACACAGACGUGAAGCGCGUGGCCGCCGAGUUCCUAUUUGUGCUGUGUGCCGAGAGUGUGUCCCGGUUCGUUAAGUACACGGGCUACGGGAACGCCGCUGGCCUCCUGGCUGCUAGGGGACUCAUGGCUGGGGGCCGAGCCUCAGGCCAGUACUCAGAGGACGAGGACACAGACACAGAGGAGUACAAGGAAGCGAAGGCCAGCAUCAACCCUGUGACGGGACGAGUGGAAGAGAAGCCGCCCAACCCCAUGGAGGGCAUGACAGAGGAGCAGAAGGAACAUGAGGCCAUGAAGCUGGUGAACAUGUUUGACCGGCUCUCCAGGCACCGAGUCAUCCAGCCCAUGGGCCUGAGUCCUCGAGGUCACCUCACAGCCUUACAGGAUGCCAUGUACCAGACCAUGGAGGGGCAGCUCUCCUCAGACUCGGACUCGGAGCCUGACUGA